UGCCCUUUUAAGGUGGCUGGUGUUGAUCAGGAGCAGAAUGACGUUACACAGUCGCUCCUCUCAGCAGCAGCGGCAGGCGGAGCGGAGACACCGACACACGGCUGUAGAGGUGUGUGCAGAGUGACCCCAGCAUGCGUGAAUAUAAGCUUGUGGUCUUGGGCUCAGGAGGUGUGGGGAAGUCUGCACUGACAGUCCAGUUUGUUCAAGGAAUAUUUGUGGAGAAAUAUGACCCCACAAUAGAAGACUCGUAUAGGAAGCAAGUGGAAGUGGAUGGACAGCAAUGCAUGCUUGAAAUCCUUGACACAGCAGGCACAGAACAGUUCACAGCAAUGAGGGAUCUGUAUAUGAAAAACGGACAGGGCUUCGCUCUGGUCUACUCCAUCACAGCACAGUCCACAUUUAAUGACCUACAGGACUUGAGAGAACAGAUCUUAAGAGUCAAAGACACUGAGGAUGUGCCAAUGAUUCUGGUGGGGAAUAAGUGUGAUCUAGAGGAUGAGAGGGUGGUGGGAAAGGAGCAGGGACAGAAUCUUGCGCGUCAGUGGAAUAAUUGUGCCUUUCUAGAGUCUUCUGCCAAAUCAAAGAUCAAUGUCAAUGAGAUUUUCUACGACUUGGUCAGACAGAUUAAUAGAAAAACGCCGGUGGAAAAGAAGAAAGCCAAGAAGAAGUCUAACUGCACACUGCUGUAAAACGCACAUACACACCACCCAGCAGCAGCUCUGAGCCAGAAUGCUGAAAUGAAGAUCUGUUGCCAUAAUGGCCAGCAUUCCAGCCCCAUUCAAUAGUUAUUGAACACAAUGUUGGCAAAGGCAGAACUUGACUAAGACUCAUUUCUCAGCUUACAGGAGAAGCAGAGAGAAGUUAAACUUCUCGCAUGGUCUACAUUUCUGCUUUUCCUUUCCAAAUAAUCAUAAACUUUUCCCCACCUGACAUAAUACAUAUUGAAACAAAUGAUUUGCUGUUUUUGAGCGCUUACAAUUUUUUAAAAUGCAAUUUUUAAAGAAAGACUUUAAAAACCGGAACAUUGUGUAGUCGUCUGGGGGACAUUAAUAACAUGCUGUUUAUUAACACAUCUUUCAACAAGCAUGGGCACAAUUUAAAAUGAACACAUUAAUGUUUGCAAAGUCUAAUCAUGAACAGGUUAUAACAUUUUGUUGGUUUUACCCUUUAUAUGACCAAUGUAUGGCUAAUUCACACUCCAGAAAUACAUCUGGGGCUAUAUUGGCUAAUAUCUGUUCACCUAGACCAGCUUUUAAGGUAAAUAUUUUUUGCUUGUGUGACUGUUUUAUAUCUGAUGUCUCACAGGUUUAAUUUUCCUUACAAUAUAUGCUAAUUACAUUUUCUGCAUAUAACUUUGGAAUAUGGUUCCUUUUCUUAAGAGAUUGUCAGAAAUAACAAACUGGGUUCUGUGUUUCAUGCUGAAAAAUAUAUAUAUUGUACUAAACCAACUUUAAUUUCUAAUUCUGUUCUGUCACUCUCAAAGUGGUAAUUUUCCAGCUUUUAUGAAUGAUUAAAUUUUAGUACAUUUUCAUUAAAUUUCUGGUCUUAUGUAUUGUUUUGGGCGUUUGCUUGGAUCUGGAUAAUCCAUUUUGUGCCUGUAUAGGAGAAGAAUGAAGACAAGUUUAUAAUACAGUGUUGACUUCUCCACUUAUGACCAGCAAUCAAUUUAGAAAUUUGCAUUGGCAACCAAUUGAUACAAAGACAAUAGUCAUUUCACCUACUGUUGAAUUUAGUUUUUCCUCAUAAUUUUCUCUACAAUUGUCAUGGUUAUGUUAGCUGGCAUUUUAUUUUAAUUAUUUGUCUUACUCAAUUUUAUUUUAUGCUUUUUGUUGAUUUAAAUAAAUGUAUUCAUGAUUUUCAUGAUUUCAGUCUAUAUCUAAUAAAUUUUCCAUUUUUUGAUCUCAUCA